GUCUCUAUAGGCAUCACAUUUCAAAAUGAAGUGUAUUUCAGAUUCAAGUGCCUUGGAGGCACAAAAGAUGGGAACCCUUUCUUCCCAAAUUUCUUUUGACAUCUUCCAAAUGGAGUACGUAUGUGGCGGCACAUAGGUGAAGAAAAAUUUCUGCAUUGGAUUACCUAGAGCGUCGUGAGUUGAAUUUUGCAGAUAGCUAAUGCCAUUACUGAUAUAUGGCCGGGAAGCAAGUGUGUAACAGUUUUCUUCUUGUCGGUAAGCCCUAUUUCACAGUUUUGCAUCGCAACAAAAACCCACGGUGCAGAUUCCAACCUCAUCCGGUAGGCAUAAAUGCCAUUGAAGCAAUCAGCAAUGCUGCAGAUGCAUCCUCCAUUAUUGGACAAGCUGUGACGCAUGUUACUUCAAACUACACAUGCCAAGGUAAGUCCUCUGGACCCUCUUAUGGUAAGAAUUUUCAUGUUAGUAGAAUUAGAGUUGGGAGUGAAGGGAUAGGGAUUUCUGAAGGCGGGUUUUUGAAAAUAGAGGUUUUCUCAAGUGGUCUUAUAAAAUCGAGGGGUUUGGCAAGUGGGUUUGUAAAAUCAGGGAAUUUGCCAGGUGAGUUUUCAAAAUAUAGUACUUUGGGAGGUGGGUUGCAGAAAUCAGAAACUGAUCCUAAAGGGAUUGACGAGUUCCUAUUUCGGUAUUAUUAUUACAGAAAGAAGAUACCUGCCAGCUCUGUAACUAGAGAUAAAAAUUUACUCAAGAAAAGCCCACCAAUAGUCCCGACUAUACAGUGUGACCAAGUGAGAGACCUUCUCCAAAAUGAAAACUGGUAUGCCAAAUUAAAUGAGUUAUUCAAGGACUUGGAUGUUAUUUUGACACCUCAAUAUGUAUGCAGAGUACUGAAAUCUUUAGAAGAUCCUAUGAAAGCUCUAAAAUUCUUCAUUUGGGUUGAUUGGCAAGACAGAUAUCCGCAUCACAGUUUGCCUGUAUUGAAGCUUUUGACCCAUAUUCUUGUUCAAAGAGGGCCAUGUGUUUUGUCCACUGGGUUUCUUAUAGAAAUUAAAAAUGCAGGUUGUGGGCUCACAGAGGAUAGUUUCUGUGCCUUGAUAGAGAGUUGGGGUAAAUUAGGGCUUGGAAAGUAUGCUACUGAAGUAUUUGGCCAAAUGGAUUACUUGGGUUUCAUUCCAACCACACGAAUAUAUAAUUUCGUUAUUGCAGCCCUUGUGAAAUCUAAAUAUCUUGAUCUUGCCUAUUUAAAGUUUGAGCAAAUGUCUGUUGCACGUUGCAUCCCAGAUACACUUACAUACAAUCUUCUGAUACACGGAGUAUGCAAGACUGGUAUUAUGGAAGAAGCUUUCAGGCUUUUGAAGAAAAUGGAGAGUGUGGCCUGCUUUCCUAAUGUUUUUACAUAUACGACAAUAAUUGAUGGACUCUGCAAGACGAGAAGACCAGAUAGGGCUGUCCAAAUUUUGGAGGAAAUGAGGAAAAAGAAUUGUGUUCCUACUGAAGCAACUUAUAGAUCAUUAAUUCAUGGUGUUUUCAAAAACAGCGAGGGCCCAGUAGCAUAUGAGUUUAUAGAGAAAUGGAUGGAAAGAGAAUCUAUUUUAAAUGAAAAUGUUUGCAGUACAGUCUUGUAUUGCCUCUCCAAAAUGGACAUGGCAGAAGAGGCUUGUGAGUUUCUCGAAAAGAUGAGAAAAAAGGGUUACUUCCCUAAUAUUCCAACAUUGAAUGUUGUUAUGGCAUGUCUUUGCAGAGGAUCAAAUUUUGAUUAUGCAUCUAAGCUUUUGGGUGAACUUCAUACAAGAGGUCGAGUACCAGAAAUUACUGUUUACACUAAGCUUAUUUGUGGCCUCUAUAAUGCAGGUAAGGUAGGAGAUGCUGAAAGGCAACUGAAUCAGAUGCUUGGCCGCUGUCUUAUUUCUGAUUUAUAUACGUACAAUAUAUUGAUUGAUUGCUUUGUCAAGUUGGCAAUGAUGCAUAGAGCUUCAAAUCUUUUCAAUGAAAUGUUGGAAAAGGGUCACAUUCCUAAUCUUGUAACAUUUAACACUCUAAUCAGUGGAUAUAGUAAGUCAGGUGAUGUCAUCAAGGCUCGUGAGUACUUGAAUUUACUUUUACAAAAUGGGUUAUACCCCGAUGUUUUUACUUUUGCUUCUAUGGUUGAUGGUCUAUGUAGAAAUAAUUUGACACUUGAAGCACUCAAGUGCUUUGAUGAGAUGAUUCAGUGGGGUGUAAGCCCUAAUGCAGUCACUUAUAAUAGUCUAAUCCAUGGCCUAUGCAAAACUGGUGAAGUUAGCCUGGCUUUUGUUUUUUACAAGCAGAUGAAAGAAAAGAGGAUUCCUCCAGAUGUUUAUUCUUUUAAUGCUCUGAUUUUGGGUCUCUGUAAAAUGGGGAGACUAGAUAGUGCACAAAAUCUCUGCCAAUAUAUGUUGAAGUGUGGGGAAAAGGCUGACCAAUAUACAUAUAACAUUUUCCUUAAGGUACUAUGUGAUGGAGGAAGAGUAGAUGAAGCUAAACAAUUAGUGCUUGCAAUGGAAGAGAAUGGUUGUGCUCCUAAUUCUAUGACUUACUUUUUACUUAUAAAAUCUCUUUCCUCUAAUGGUUUCUCAGAAGAGGCACGCCAACUUCAGGAGCAGGCUCUUUGCAAAGGAAUUGUACCAAUGAAAGUUGCAAAUAAGUUUAAGGGCGUCAAUGGCUGAGUAUUUUGGAUGCUUGUUUUUGGAUGGCUUGAGAUGGAAAAGUUCUUGAGUAACCCACACAUUGUUCCCUUCAGAGCUUGCACUCGUGUUGUUCAAGACAUUGACAGUUUGAAUCUGCUAUGCAAGCUACGAGGUGCUGCUGUGGGAUUUUUCUAUGGAAAAUUCCUAGCAUAUCAUGAAGAAAAUUAUGGUCCAUACUUUAUGCAUCAAAAACAGGGGAAUAAUCCAUUGCUAAAAUUCAAAUUGCAGCAGGAGAUGCAGUAACUUAUGCAGUUGGAUCAAUCCACCGCAUCUUGGGAAAGUAAUGACUGUUCCUAGUAUUUGGUACUCUUUCUGGAAAUAAUCUGUACAAAUAAUUGUUUUUGGUUGACCCUUUUUGGGAUUCAAAAACAAAAAGAGCUACAGCACCAGCAACCAGUUUCCUUUGACAACCUUUGAAAUAAUUGGACUUUCUUGACAACAAAUGCUUUCAGCAAGGCUGGCUCAAUUGGUUUACUAUUUUUUUUCAUGACCAGCCAUAGUUUCUUUGGAUUGCUUAGCAAGUUCCCAGUGAUGUUGCUAUAAUUAAUCAAAAUCAGAUUAAAGGGGUUAUACUA